AUGAAGACGAUGAAGCUCCUCCUUUUCGUUUUUUUUGUUUUCUUUCUCUUCUCUGGGGUUAACGCCCCCUUGCUGGGGGAGGAUAUGGGGGUGAUGGGGGGGGUGAUNAUGGGGGAGAUGAGGGGGGUGGUGGGGCAGAUGGAGAAGAUCAAGGAGGUGAUGGAGAAGACCAUAGCGGCGAUGGAAAAGAUCGAAUCCAACACCCGGCCGGUUCUCCCCAGCUGGUCCCUGGCAGCCUUGAUCCUGUCGCCCUUGUGGCUCCCAUUUUUGACGUGGCUGGCCGGCAAGAUCCCACUUCGGUGGUUCGAGGACAAGGACACCGCCAAAGCAGAGGCCGCCGUCGCCAAAGCAGAGGCCGCCGCCGCCAGAGCAGAGGCCGCCGCCGCCAGAGCCGAGGUCGCCGCCGCCAACAUUGAGGCUACCAAAGCGAGAGACGAUGCCGCUGCCGCUGCCGCCCAGUCCACCAUCGAGAGGCUCCACGAACAGCUCGCUGCCGCCCAGGCCAAGACCACGGAUGUCGAGAAAGAGCUUGCCGACACCAAGGCCAAGAACGCCGACAAGGUCAAGGACCUCCAAAGGAGGCUCGGUGUGAUCAGGGACGCCAUGGGAUAG